AUGCGGUUCCCCGCAGCCCCCUCAGCGCCCGGCAUGGCGGUGGCGGGCGAGGCUCGCAGCUCGUCUGCGCCCGGCCCCGCCGGCGACAGCUCUCUCCUCGGCAGCGCCAGGACGUGGCCCUUGAAGCGCUACGGCCGCUUCUUACCCCCGAGGGAUGGCGACAGUGAAGGGCAAAACACCUCUUGGAAGGUUUUUGAAUCCAAUGAAGAGUCAGGCCAUCUUACCCUUACCAUUGUGGUGUCUGGCCAUUUCUUCAUUUCCCAGGGGCGAACCGUCCUGGAAGGCUUUUCACUAAUCGAUUCCCACAAGUGGCUGCAGAUAGUGAGGCGAGCAGAGUGCCUGCUGUUCCGGGCACAGGCCAAGAGCGAGUGCCGCAUGUUCCGGGUGCAGUUUGGGGGCGCAGCCAAGGAGCAGAUGCGGGAGUUCUGCUGCAGUUGUGUUCAGAAGCUUGCAGAGUACCUACCAGUUCAGGUGACAGAAGGACCAGGCCAGCAGCUCCACCCCAGUCUCAGCCAGGUGGGUAAUGGUGCAAACCAAGAGAGGGACACCGACCAAAACGCAGCUGAGCCUCGACUGGACUCCUGCACAGCCCUUGGAGAAAGCAGAUCUGUGAGACAGCUAGCCCAGUCCGUGCUGAGGAAGCCGGCCGAGCUGCCCCUCCUGUACCAGCACUCAGCGUGGCAGGCAGAGGAGCUGGGGCCCUUCAUUCGCCUCUGCCUCCUGGAUCAGCAGUUCCCAGCCUUUGUGGAAGCUGUGGAGAAGGAACUGAGCAGACUGACAGAAGGCUGA